CCAGAGCAUCAGGUGGGGCCCUGGGCGCCCGCACACGAGGCUGAGUGGCCUCUCCUGGACCGGACGAGCUGCAUGCCCAGUGGAUACGCUGGCCAGUGUUUCCAGAGCAAUUGCAGGCUCCGACGGGGUGGAGGCGACUGGACGAGGGAGACCUAACAGGGCGCAUGCAGCACCCCACUCUCCUCUUCACAGGACGGGCUUCCUGGGGUACGGGUCCGUGACCCCUACUCACCCCCACCCCCAGCUAUUCCCUAGCGUCCCAGGGACACGCGGCAGGCCGACAUCUGCUCCCCCCCAGGACCUGGUCUCCAGGCCCCCCCCCAAUUUGCGGACUACAAGUCCCAGCAGCCCCCGCAGCUGGCACCUCCUGCCUCGCAGCGGAGACCCCCGGCCGUCCCAGCGGCGGGGCUCGGGCUGCGCUCGUGGCCGGGCCGGGCGGGGAGGCCGGUCCCACGGGCGGGGGCGGGGGCAGCUCCACGGCUUCUCCCGCCGCCGCCGCCAAGGGGAGUUUCCAGGAAGUGGCCAUAUUGGAUCCAUUCAGCCACAGCUGCCGGGGAGGAGCGCGUCCCGCAGCCGGCCUGUCCCCGGCGCUCGCCCUGCCCGCCCGCCCGGUGCGGAGCUCGCCAUGGCGGCCACGGAGCUGGAGCGCGUCUCGAAUGCAGAACCAGAGCCCCGAAGCCUCUCCUUGGGUGGCCAUGUGGGAUUUGACAGCCUCCCUGAUCAGCUGGUGAGCAAGUCGGUCACUCAGGGUUUCAGCUUCAACAUCCUCUGUGUGGGGGAGACUGGCGUCGGCAAGUCCACACUGAUGAACACGCUCUUCAACACCACCUUUGAGACUGAGGAAGCCAGUCACCAUGAGGAGUGUGUGCGCCUGCGGCCCCAGACCUACAACCUCCAAGAGAGUAAUGUGCACCUCAAGCUGACCAUUGUGGACGCCGUGGGCUUUGGCGACCAGAUCAAUAAGGAUGAAAGUUACAGGCCCAUAGUCGACUACAUCGAUGCGCAGUUUGAAAACUAUCUGCAGGAGGAGCUGAAGAUCCGCCGCUCACUCUUUGACUACCAUGACACGCGGAUCCAUGUGUGCCUCUACUUCAUCACGCCCACUGGCCACUCCCUCAAGUCCUUGGAUCUGGUGACGAUGAAGAAACUAGAUAGCAAGGUGAACAUUAUCCCCAUCAUCGCCAAGGCUGACACCAUCUCCAAGAGUGAACUCCACAAAUUCAAGAUCAAGAUUAUGGGCGAACUGGUCAGCAAUGGAGUCCAGAUCUACCAGUUUCCCACAGAUGAUGAGGCAGUUGCAGAGAUAAAUGCGGUCAUGAAUGCACACCUGCCCUUUGCCGUAGUGGGCAGCACCGAGGAGGUGAAGGUGGGGAACAAGCUGGUCCGAGCACGGCAGUACCCUUGGGGAGUGGUACAGGUGGAGAAUGAGAACCACUGCGACUUCGUGAAGCUCCGGGAGAUGUUGAUCCGGGUGAACAUGGAGGACCUCCGAGAGCAGACCCACAGUCGGCAUUACGAGCUCUACCGGCGCUGCAAGUUGGAGGAGAUGGGCUUCCAGGACAGCGACGGUGACAGCCAGCCCUUCAGCCUACAGGAGACAUAUGAGGCCAAGAGGAAGGAGUUCCUGUGCGAGCUGCAGAGGAAGGAGGAAGAGAUGAGGCAGAUGUUUGUCAACAAAGUGAAAGAGACUGAGCUAGAGCUGAAGGAGAAGGAAAGGGAGCUCCAUGAGAAGUUUGAGCACCUGAAGCGAAUCCACCAGGAGGAGAAGCGCAAGGUGGAGGAAAAACGCCGGGAGCUGGAGGAGGAGACGAGUGCCUUCACCCGCAGGAAGGCCGCCAUGGAGGCCCUGCAGUCCCAGGCCUUGCAUGCCACCUCGCAGCAGCCUCUGAGGAAGGACAAAGACCGGAAGAAAUCAGAUAUAGGAGUACACCAGUCGGGCAUGAGCCUCUCCAACUCUAAGGUGAUGAUGACCAAGGCCAGUGUGGAGCCCUUGAACUGCAGCAGCUGGUGGCCCGCCAUACAGUGCUGCAGCUGCCUGGUCAGGGACGCGACGUGGCGGGAAGGAUUCCUCUGAGGCAGCAGCUCUUUCACUUGGGGCCAGCCCAGAACCACCAUGGUGUGGAACUGGAGACAGUGGUUUUUAAAGUUAGAACAGAAAGCCCCGUCCUUUUCAUAUAUCAAUGACCAAAAGUGCAAACAAUUUAUACUUCCAUCAGGGAUCAUUAAAUGUUGCCCAAUAUUUUCCAUUCCCAUUCAUGGCCCUACAAGGGGCUGGAGGCUUAAUGCUCAUUCUGCAGCCAUGCUGAGUUUCAACUUUUGACUAGAAAGCAGUCUGCUUUGUGACAUGAUCAUUGUGAGCCUGAAGUACCUAGGUCACAAUGUUUCUAUUCUGAAAAAAUAUAUAUAGAUGCAUAUACCAUUCAAGAUUUAGGCAGAAAAGUCACUUGUAUCUAAUAGACAUGACAGAAACUCUGCAGCUUGGCAACAGUGACCAGUUUUCUUUUUUUUUUAUUAUUUUUAUUUUUUUUAUUUAAGAAAGGAUUAAUUAACAAAACCAUAGGGUAGGAGGGGUACAACUCCACACAAUUCCCACCACCCAAUCUCCAUAUCCCACCCCCUCCCCUGAUAGCUUUCCCAUUCUCUAGCCCUCUGGGAGCAUGGACCCAGGGUCAUUGAGGGUUGCAGAAGGUAGAAGGUCUGGCUUCUGUAAUUGCUUCCCCACUGAACAUGGGCGUUGACUGGUCGGACCAGUUUUCAUAAUGAAACAGUUCUUAGUGAUUAAUCUUCAUGCUUCAUAAGAGACCAAAACCCCACAUGACAUUUCUCCAUUGCAUAAUUUUGCCUUACUAACAGAUUCAUAUCCUCAAGGAUGACCAUCAUUCCCUAACUAAAAUGAUUACAGACUAAUAAGAUAUUUUAAGUGCCAGAUCAAUAUGGUCUAAAGCCUCAAUAAGGAUUGUGUGUAAGUGAAUAAAGACAGCUAAGUGAAUGUGUGUAAAGUGUAGAGAAAGCAGAUAGCUUUUUAUGUACAGUAUUCAUAGAAUGGAAAGUUACAUAUUUUUGCAGUGUGUAUUUAAGAGAAACUCACCAUGAUAGUGCCGUCUAAAAAUCCUUGUAAAGUUAAUUUAAUGUCCUUUAGAAAUGGGAGUCUGAUGGAACUGUGUUGGACUGAAGAUACAUUUUCAUUCUCCCAUAUUAUUGUGAACCUUGUGGGUUGCCUCACUGUGGUGCAUGUGGAAGGAUGUGUGCACGUCUGUGCUUAGUCAUCCUAUGUUGUGAACAGCUGUUCCAAAGGCACGAAUGAGUCUAGGGUAGGCUCUGCAAACUCCUCGUACUUACUAUAGUCAAGAAGUCAAUCAGUGUCCUGAUACAGAGGUCCCAGUGCGCUUUGUCCAAAAUAGCCACCUCCAUCCUCAGCAGCUCAUUCGGGGUAUAACUUGAGCCAUAGUGCUUUAUGAAGUCUUUUGCGUGUGGAAUUACCUGUAAAAUGAAAAUAAAGAGGCUAAUGCCCUA